UCGUACUUGUUGGUGAAAGCUUAUAACGCAACAUGGUUUGUUUUUAAUAUUUUAUAUAAAAAUGUCAAUGCAUAUAAAUGAUUAUGUAUUCGAAAUAUUGUUAGGACAAGGUAGUUUCGGAUCUGUUUAUCUAGUGCGACGAAAGAAAGACUCGAAACCGUUCGUCGUGAAAGAACAAGCUUCAGGCGCUAUAAAUGCUUUACCGUUUAAGAAUAUAUUAGAAGAAGUGCAAUGUUUGCAUACACUAAGGCAUCCUAAUAUAGUCGCUUAUUACGGAGCCUGGAUAGAAAACAAUCACAGUUACAUUCUUAUGGAGUACGCCACGCGGUGCACCUUAAAGGAUUUGCUAGAAAAAUAUCAAUCUCCUCUGAGAGAAGAAGAUGCGCUGUACUUAUUCUCUCAAAUCGUCCUCGGCGUUCAUCACAUUCAUUUCGAGAAGAUACUCCAUCGUGAUUUAAAGCCAGAGAACAUCAUGUUGACGGGAAGUCGCGGGGAGAUCGUGAAAAUUGGAGAUUUUGGCGUGUCGAAAAAUUUCAAAGAGUAUAAUAGAAAUAUUUCGGUGCAAUUAAACAGUCCAUCGACCGUGUGUCGCGCUGGAUCGUUUUAUUAUAUGGCCCCAGAAAUGUUGAAAGGGCAAUCUUAUGACUUCAAAUGCGACAUAUGGAGUAUGGGUGUGAUUCUUUAUGAAAUGAUCACGAAAAGACAUCCCUUUCCUGCCACGACAUUAUCAGAGAUCAUAAAAAUGAUUUGCGAAGAAGAUCCUCAGCCUCUUCACAAAGAUACCUCGGCACCUGUCGUGAAUAUAAUAUCAAAAAUGUUGAGGAAACAGUCGUUUUACCGUCCAAAAACGAAUCAGUUGGUUCUAUGCCCUUAUCUCGUACCUUAUAUCGUUCGGGUGUACAUGAAUCUCGGACGAAUUCCGAAAAAUAAGAAUUUUGGACCGGAAAUGUUUCUGAAAUUCUUACGAUCACAACGGUUUUAGUUUAAAUGAAAAAUUUCCAUGCUCUCCAGUACAAUUGUUUUCAUUCAAUUCGAAACAAAAGGCAACCGGUUGAUAUAAUUAUUGUAGCUAUUUAUUGUUAGCUCUAUGGAAUUGUCCGAUGAACGGUUAUCGAACUCGGCUGGUAUGCGCAUACGUAGGAUCAAAAGCGUAACGGCAGGAAACGAAGACCGGAACUGCGGAAUGUUCGUUUUAUUUCAUCACGUGCAUACCUGCCUCUUGAAAACCGUUCGGUUUGCAUUUAGUUAGAAGGAUAUCAUCCUUCUGUCUGUAUUAAAGUUUUCAAUAAUCGUCUAGAAAUGAAGAAACUCUUUGUUUAAAGUUAUAUCUGUGUGAUUCAAAGUGUAUCUUCCAAUAUAUUUAAAGUAGAUUCACAAUGAAAUAUAUAGUACAAAUUUUA